AUGGAUCGUCAAGUCUUUCUUGACCAUGUCAACAACCUGACCGAUCUGGAGUUAGCUGUCCUGCUCAGCCUUAUCGCGCAACAACAUUGUCUUAUUCAAACACCUGGGGAGUUCCAAGACGAUGUUGCCUCAGAACUGGCCCUGAUUGUUUGCAAUAUCUUCAAUCUAUCGUACAUAAUCAUCAAUAAGCAUGACCUCCAAUCCAUCGACGAGUUUGUAGCAGCCAUAUUGGAUAAUAGCAAGGUGGAUCGUGAAACCCUGGAUCAGUCUGACGAUGACUUUGGGGGAGAAUCUGAUCUUCGGUCUAAGGUCGCUGAAGUUAGUUUUCGGGGACUUACUUCAGCUCAACAUGACCAGACGACACUGGACACCAGGCAGGUUGUCAAUGUGGUGAUUGCAAAAGACUUCAACCUCGCCCACGAAGAUGUCCAAAUCCAAGCUCUGGAGCUGAUCCUCAGGAAGAGGAUAUUCAGCAGAACAACAGUCCAUACUGCUCCCAAGGUGUUCUUGCUGCUCCCAAUUGUGACCACGGAUACCAGGCACGUCGAACUGAAUGGUCACCUCAACGAUCGGAUCUUCAUUUCACACCACCAUGACCCAGAAGAUGGAUUUCCGAAUCUGCAAGAAAUCGACGGAGCCGAUGAUGACCAAGAUAACCCCUCCACCUAUUCAGACUCCAGGUCUUUACGUCUGAGACGUGGGCAGCAUCUUGCGUCUCGUCAAAUAGGCCCAAGGUUAAUUGAACAGCUUCGUGCCGAGGGCGAGGCGGCAAUCAUCACUCCUGAAAUACGAAGAUAUCUGCAGGACUUGGUCGCUUUCCUGCGGAUAGAGAGGGGCGUCGAUGGAGGUGUUACCCCAUAUGCGACGACGCUGUUUCUCGCUCUGUCAAAGUACCUCGCACCUUUGCAUGGGAUAGACUAUGUCACCCCUUCGCUGAUUGCUUUGGCGGCGAGGAAAGUAUACCCACAUCGACUCAUCAUAGCCACCCCCAGCCGCGAACGCAGUACUCUAUAUGGUACUGACCUGGCGACCGCACAGUAUUUGGUUGAAGACCUUGAUCCUGACAAGGUCAUCCAGAACGUUCUGGACACCGUUGAAUGUCCUACUUGA